AUGGAUCUCUUGCCAAACUUUUCUUUUGUCACUUGGCUGCUCCUCACCGUUUUCCUUAGCCUCCUGGUCCUCUAUGGGAUCUGGCCCUUCCAGGCCUUCAAGAGAACUUUCCUGGAGUACCGGCAAGGACUCCAGAAUUUUGAUCAGAUGUGCUUCAAAAAAUAUGGUAAAAUCUGGGGGAUUUUUGACGGCAGGCAGCCGGUGCUGGCUGUUUUGGACCCCAUUCUCAUCAAAAACAUCCUGGUGAAAGAGUGCUAUACUAUUUUUACCAAUCGCCAGAACUUUGGUCUGAACGGGAUCCUGGAGUCGGCCGUCUUCGUGGCUGAAGAUGAGAAGUGGAAAAGGAUUCGUACUGUGCUGUCCCCAGCCUUCACCAGCGGGAAGCUGAAGGAGAUGUUCCCUAUCAUUAAUCACUAUGGUGAAAAAUUAGUGGAAAACAUUGAGAAGAAAGUGGCUAAUGAUGAGUUCGUGACCAUGAAGGACAUUUUUGGAGCCUACAGCAUGGAUGUGGUGACCAGCACUUCUUUCAGUGUGAAUAUUGACUCCAUGAGCAACCCCAGUGACCCCUUUGUCGCCAACAUUAAGAAAUUUCUCAAAUUCAGUUUCCUAAACCCCGUGUUUGUAUUCUUAGUGAUGUUCCCCUUCGUUAUCCCAGUGUUGGAAAAGAUGAAUGUGACUCUGUUACCCUCAACAGUCAUAGACUUCUUCAUGAACGUCUUCACAAAAAUGAAGAAGGAACGGGAAAAGGGCAGCGGCAUGGACCGGGUUGAUUUCCUGCAGCUCAUGGUUGACUCGCAGAUCUCACACGACAGCUCCAAGUCUGCUGAGACCAACUCAUACAAAUCAUUAAGUGAUGAGGAGAUUCUGGCCCAGGCUCUUGUCUUUGUCCUUGCUGGCUAUGAGACCACCAGCUCCACCCUCAGCUACAUAUCAUACAACCUGGCCACCCACCCUGACGUACAGCAGCGACUCCAGGAUGAGAUCGAUGCAAACCUGCCGAACAAGGCUACUCCCACGUACAACGCCGUCAUGCAGAUGGAGUACCUUGAUAUGGUGGUGAAUGAAUCCCUCCGUCUCUUCCCCCCCGUGGGCCGGAUUGAGAGGGUCUGCAAAAAGACAGUGGAGCUCAACAGUGUGACUAUUCCAAAGAGCAUGGUGGUCAUGAUCCCAGCCUACGUGCUGCAUCGUGACCCGGGGUACUGGCCGGAGCCAGAGGAGUUCAGGCCUGAGAGGUUCUCUAAAGACAGCCGAGAGCCUAUUGACCCCUACACCUUCCUGCCGUUUGGGGCUGGCCCCAGGAACUGCAUAGGAAUGAGGUUUGCUCUCCUCGUUGUGAAAGUGGCUGUGGUCGUCCUGUUGCAAAACUUCUCGUUCAGAACCUGCAAAGACACUCCGAUCCCACUGGUUCUGGACUCGAGAAGUUUCCUGCAACCAAAGAAACCCAUCGUCCUGAAGAUGGUCCCCAGAGCCCAUGCUGAUGGGGACAAGUGA